CGCCUCUGGCCGCAGGCUGCUCCGCCGCGUCGGUUGGUCCGAGCUGUCCGUGUGUUCGGGCCGCCGGCUUCGUCCUCCCGAUGGCGUCCUGGAUGCCCCUGCUGUGGUUGCUGGGGCUACUGCCGGGCGCUACCUCCGCCCCGCCCCGCCGAGCCCCCGGCGCUCAGGCCUGGGAGCCUGCGUCCCCAGAGCUGCUGCUGCGGCCCGCCCGCUUCGCCCUGGAGCUGUACAACCGCGACCUGGCUGCCGGGGCGCGGGCGGUGCUGCGGUCCGUGAGCGGUCGUGUCCGCCGAGCGGGCCUGGGGUCGCUAUACUCCCUGAAAAUGACACUGGAGGAGUCACCCUGCGACAACCCCAAGGUGUGCCAGCUCCCUGUUUCUGACACACCGCAGCUCUGCAGCUUUGAAGUUCUCUAUGAGCUAGAAAAACACACGCUGCUGAGCUGGAACUGUGACACGGUGGAUACCGAGAUUAAAGGUGACAAAAACGACACUCUCAGUUCAUUCCUUCCAUUGUUGAAGGAAGACCCCCUGUCCCAGGACUUGUCUGUGAAAAUGGCUUCGAUCUUCAAACAGUUUGUUACCACCUAUAACCGGACGUAUGAAUCAGAGGAAGAAGCUCAGUGGCGCAUGUCCAUCUUUAUCAAUAACAUGGUACGAGCUGAGAAGAUCCAGGCCCUGGACCGCGGCACAGCUCAGUAUGGAGUCACCAAGUUCAGUGACCUCACAGAGGAGGAGUUCCACGCCAUCUACCUGAAUUCCCUCCUAAAAGAGGAGGUUGGCAAGAAGAUGUACCCAGUUAAGUCUAUUGGCGACGACGCUCCACCUGAAUGGGACUGGAGGAAGAAGGGGGCUGUCACCAAAGUCAAGAACCAGGGCAUGUGUGGCUCCUGCUGGGCCUUCUCAGUUACAGGCAACGUGGAGGGCCAGUGGUUCCUGAAACAAGGGGACCUGCUCUCCCUCUCUGAGCAGGAGCUCGUGGAUUGUGACAAAGUGGACAAGGCCUGCAUGGGCGGCUUGCCCUCCAACGCCUAUUCAGCUAUAAAGACUCUGGGAGGGCUAGAGACAGAGGAUGACUACAGCUACAGUGGCCACUUACAGACCUGCAGCUUCUCUGAAAAGAAGGUCAAGGUUUACAUCAACGACUCAGUGGAGCUAAGCCAGAAUGAACAAGAGCUGGCGGCCUGGCUGGCCAAGAAUGGUCCCAUCUCCGUUGCCAUCAACGCCUUUGGCAUGCAGUUCUACCGCCAUGGGAUCUCCCGCCCACUGCGGCCUCUCUGCAGCCCUUGGCUCAUUGACCACGCUGUGCUGCUUGUGGGCUAUGGCAACCGCUCUGAUGUUCCCUUCUGGGCCAUCAAGAACAGCUGGGGCACUGACUGGGGCGAGGAGGGUUACUACUACUUGCAUCGUGGGUCUGGGGCCUGUGGUGUGAACAUCAUGGCCAGCUCGGCGGUGGUGAACUGAGGAGAACCAGCUCAGAACCUGGUAUUGACCAGAGCGGCCCCUCCCCCAGUCUGACCUGCAUUUCCAGGCCCCUCCCCAGGAGGCACAGCUGGCUGAGGGAUGGGUGCCUGGUACCUCAGGGUGAGCAAAGGGCACUGGGCUAGCAGUACAGACCCUCCCUCCCUCCACCCCACUCCCACUCUGGAGUUCCCCACCUGCACCUUUGUUAAGUUGUGGUAGCUAGGAGGAUCUUGGGGUGAAGGAUGAUGUCUUCGCCGAAGCUGGGGCAAGAAUCCUGAGCUCGGACAAGGAGCAGGUGGGAAGCAGAUAUUCUGGUCUUAAAUCCAGCUUGUACUCAGCAGGCUCUGGCUUCAUGACCCGGCUUUUCUCUGUCUGAUGCUAUAAAUUCUGGUCCCCCUUGGAUGUGGAAGUGUCCCCUUCCAUGUCUAACUGUUGUAGCCACCCUUUUCUAACAGGAAUAAAGAGGUGUCCUCAGCUCCAA